UUUCAAGCAGAAUUGAGACUAGUUGAGACUCAAGUCAGUUUCAGUUGGACACCCUUCAUGUGAAGUCAAGUUAGUUCCAGAGUCUCACGGAGAGCCAGUGAAACACAAAGUUUCAGAAAAUUGGAUUGUUUCACAAGCUUAUUAUUCUUGAAUCGAUUACUUCAUCUCGUUAUUGAUGUGAUUUCAGCUGGAAUCCGUGAAACAAAUCACGGAUUUCUGGCUUUUAUCCGGUCAAAGUUAGGUUAUUUCUUAACUCAACUCGGUUCCGGUUGCUUAUUGAUGAUCUAGAUCUGCAAUAUGUCGUAUGUUUUGCUCCUUGACCCGAUGGUCAGUUUAGUUCAACCUUGAUUUCUUGAUGUUUCCAACGAAACUGAAAAAUGGCGCUCGCAUUUGUAUAUGGUCUCGCGUUUUGGUUGAAUCUUGUUUUCUUUCAAAGAAAAUAUACCUGUACAAGUGAGAAUUACGGAUUCCGGAGGUAGUUGAGCUUUGGCCUCAGACGAGAUUUUGUUCGAAAUGAUCGAGUGCACACGCUGAAUUAACAAGGGAUGAAGCAUAGGGGCAGUCAGCAUAAAUCCUACAGCCGAUGGAAGGCAAAACUCUUCGUUGUGCUUUUGAUGAGCUUUUGUUUUGGAAGUUUAGUAUUGAUGCAGACCCAUUAUGGUCGAAUUAAGAUGCUUAUGUCGUUGCCUCCUCCAUCCUUUCCCAAGCCUAAGAUUGCGUUUCUGUUUAUAGCUCGGAACCGGCUUCCCGUCGACAUGGUGUGGGAUGCUUUUUUCCAGGGAGAAAAGGAGAAUAAGUUUUCUAUUUAUAUUCAUUCCAGACCUGGAUUUGUGUUCAACAAGGCAACAACAAAAUCUGCAUUUUUCUAUGGCCGCCAAGUUAAUGAUAGUAUACAGGUAGAUUGGGGAGAAGCCAGCAUGAUCCAGGCAGAGCGUAUUUUGUUAAAAAAUGCACUUAUGGAUUCUUUUAAUGAGCGUUUUGUUUUCUUAUCAGACAGCUGCAUACCUUUAUACAACUUCAGCUACACAUAUGACUAUAUCAUGUCAACAUCAAAUAGUUUUGUAGACAGUUUUGCUGAUACAAAAGAAGGUCGCUACAAUCCAAAAAUGGAUCCUGUUAUUCCUGUCCAUGAUUGGAGGAAAGGAUCCCAGUGGGUUGUUUUAACCAGAAAGCAUGCUGAGGUUGUAGUGGAAGAUGACACAAUCUACCCAGUGUUUCAGCAGCAUUGCAGAAGGAGAUCACUACCUGAGUUUUGGCGGGAUCAACCUUUUCUUGCAGAUGCAUCCAAGGAACAUAAUUGUAUACCAGAUGAACAUUAUGUUCAGACGUUACUGGCACAAAAGGGACUCGAAGGGGAAUUAACUAGAAGAACGCUGACACAUACUUCAUGGGACCUAUCAUUUUCCAAGGACUGGGAAAGGCGCAACUGGCACCCUGUGACUUACAAGUUAUCAGAUGCUACUCCAGUGCUUAUACAAUCAAUAAAGGACAUAGAUAAUAUUUAUUAUGAGACUGAAUACCGUCGAGAAUGGUGCAGCAUUCAAGGGAAACCAUCUCCUUGUUUUCUUUUUGCAAGGAAGUUCACUCGACCUGCCGCUCUCCGGCUACUUAAUAUGUCGGUGUUAGGACCUUUUAGUGAAGGAAAGAAGGGCUCGUAGUUUUGGCGAUACAAGUACCAUGUUGUUGUAACUUGUAAGUUUGACACGAUAUCAAAAUUGCUGGUGAUAGCAAGCUAAGAAAAUAUUAAAUAUAUGUACUCCUCAAUGUAAAAUAAUCUUUUACUUGAUAGUGGCGUCAUCAUUUCUUUGUAAUAUAACAAUAAAGAAUGACACCUCAUGUUUCUUUUCUCAUUGUGUA